CCAGGACAACCCAGAGAGAUCAAUUAUCAAGAACGAUUGAGAGGGAGAGACAGAUAUAUAUAUAUAUAUAUAUAUAUAUAUAUAUAUAUAUAUAUAGGGUUUGUUUCUUUGCUUUGCACGAAGAGAUAGAGAGAUCGAAGGGAAAUUCUCACCUCAUCAUCUCAGCACGGGGUCGAUUGCUCUUUAUCACGAGAGUGAUUGGAGAGGUUUUUAUUUGGUGGUUUGUAACAAAUCUCUUCUUAGCUUUCAUCACCAACCCUAAAAACUUGGGUUCGUCAUCAGCAAGACUGCUUCGCCUGAAGAUUAGAAACCAUCAGGAUAAGGGCGGAACUCCACGAAAAAGUAUUAAUCUUUAUCUGAGGAUACGUGGCAAAGGUAUUGAUUUCAGACUAAUCGGUGUUGGGAAGGAGUAUUCAGUAAGAAGAGGUUUUAUUUUCAGCAAAAGCAAAAUAAGAAUUGGGUUUCUUUUUUUGCCUGGCUUUUAACUUUUCAACAGUUCCAAGAUCCAAAAUUUUUGGAGACUCUCAGGGAAAGAGUUGGGCUGAAAACAAAUAGAACAGAGAAUCUUCAUUAAAGACAUCUGAGGAAUAGGGGUGGCAAAGGACUAACCUAGUCAGUGGGAGCAGGUAGAUUCUACCUGAAAUUUUGACAUAAUGCAGCUGCAAUGUUAUAUUCAAUUUCAGAUCAAAAUUCUCUAAACAGUAAAACAGAAAUGCGAUAUCUAAUCAAGAAAUACAAAUCACAAGGUAUACCAAAAAACUUGCAGGGACUGAUCAACCAAUUUUAUGAGCAAAACUGUAUUGCUGUUAAUUCAGCGAAUUUGUAUCUAAGAGAUGAACAUAGACAAACGUUGAAGCAUAUAGAGAUGAUUAUAUGCGGAUCACAUCAAAAGAGCCUAAACAGCCAAGAGUCUGACAAUUAAGAGGACUACAUUACCAGUUAGCAUAAGUGUGGCCGAAGCAGAAUAGUGGCAAAAUGAAUUCAUCUUCUAGCUCCUUGAGCUUUUUAGUUUUGUAUGUCACUUUUACUCCUAAGACAGUAUCGCAAAGUUUAUUCUCAAAUAUUCCACUAAAUGCAAUAUAGUAGAAAUGCAUUUGAAAAUAUGCCUAAAAAGAGAAGAAUGAAGUCAACUAAACUGAACAAAAGCAGUGAAACAAAUUUUAACUCCAUCUACUUUUCCAAAAAAGCGAUAAAAAGUCGGCAACUCCAGUAACCUGAUGAUAUAACAUUCAUGAUAAAAUCUUAUCUAAGCCUGCCUCUGUCCUGAUGUGGUUAACUUAUGAAUCAUAACUAUAUAAAACUCUCACCACGUGGAAAUAGCUAAGAGACGAACCAAAAGGGUCAACCCAAAAGAAAUUGACAGAGGCCUUCCUUUUCUUGUUGUUGUGAUUUUGUAGCAAUUGGGUUUUGGGUUAUGCGUGUAUUUGCUAAUGACGAAACUACAGAACUCUGUCUUUGCCUCAUUGCAAUAUGUUGUAUCAGCAAGGCAAAAGAUCGAAUGAGUAUAACUUGAUCUCGAAUGAGCUAGUUUUGUUCCAAGUUUGAGUAAAUUAAACAAGGAGCUGCGCAUAAGUCGUAUGUAGAAACGCCGAGACAGAAAGAUGGUGUAAGUUAUGAUUCAUGAGUUAACCACAUUAGGACAGAGCAGGCUUAGAUUAGAUUUUAUCAUGAAUGUUAUAUCAUCAAGUUACUGGAGUUGCCGACUUUUUAUCGUUUUUUUGGAAAAGUAGAUGGAGUUAAAAUUUGUUUCACUGCUUUUGUUCAGUUUAGUUGACUUCAUUCUUCUCUUUUUGGGCAUAUUUUCAGAUGCAUUUCUACUAUAUUGCAUUUAGUGGAAUAUUUGAGAAUAAACUUUGCGAUACUGUCUUAGGAGUAAAAGUGACAUACAAAACUAAAAAGCUCAAGGAGCUAGAAGAUGAAUUCAUUUUGCCACUAUUCUGCUUCGGCCACACUUAUGCUAACUGGUAAUGUAGUCCUCUUAAUUGUCAGACUCUUGGCUGUUUAGGCUCUUUUGCUGUGAUCCGCAUAUAAUCAUCUCUAUAUGCUUCAACAUUUGUCUAUAUUCAUCUCUCAGAUACAAAUUGGCUGAAUUAACAGCGAUACAGUUUUGCUCAUAAAAUUGGUUGAUCAGUCCCUGCAAGUUUUUUGGUAUACCUUGUGAUUCAUAUUUCUUGAUUAGAUAUCGCAUUUCUGUUUUACUGUUUAGAGAAUUUUGAUCUGAAUAUUGAAUACACUAUUACACCAUCUUUCUGUCUCGGCAUUUCUACAUACGACUUAUGCGCAGCUCCUUGUUUAAUUUACUCAAACUUGGAACAAAACUAGCUCAUUCGAUCUUUUGCAUUGCUGAUACAACAUAUUGCAAUGAGGCAAAGACAGAGUUCUGCAGUUUCGUCAUUAGCAAAUACACGCAGAACCCAAAACCCAAUUCCUACAAAAUCACAACAAGAAGAAAAGGAAGGCCCACAGUUCGAUCUGCUAGCCUCACCCAAGAACGUUUAUAUCUUCUGCUUGGCCUUUCGAAUAGUAAAUGCUCUGUUGGUUCAGACUUAUUUCAACCCAGAUGAGCACUGGCAAGCUCUUGAAGUUGCUCACCGCAUCACUUUUGGGUUUGGCCAUUUGACGUGGGAGUGGAAGAAGGGGAUUCGGAGCUACUUGCAUCCUUUGCUCUUUGCUUUCCUUUACAAAGUGCUUGCCUUGUUAGGUCUUGAUACUCCGUGGUUCAUGGUCAAGGCUCCUCGGCUAUUCCAGUCCCUAUUCUCUGCAUUUGGUGAUUUAUACCUGUACAAACUCUCUGUCAUCCUCUUUGGCGACCAGGUUGCAAAAUGGGCUCUUUUUUCCCAAUUGACAAAUUGGUUUAUGUUUUUCUGUCUCACUCGUACAUUAUCGAAUAGUCUGGAGACUGUUCUUACCAUUGUGAGCUUGUACUACUGGCCCUGUAUCAGGCCUUCUUCCAGCAAACUUCCGUUGGAAUCUAGAAAGUGGGGUCUGCUUAUUGCUGCAUUAGCUUGUGCUAUUCGACCAACAAGUGCCAUCAUAUGGCUUUAUGUUGGGCUCCUUGAGCUAUUUGUGUCACGCGAUAAACUCAGAUUCAUAUUUUUGGAGGUGGCUCCUAUUGGGGUCCUGGUGCUUGGGCUUACAUUUUUAAUAGAUCGAUUGAUGUACGGCUCAUGGGUCUUAGUACCUCUUAAUUUCCUAAGAUUCAAUUUUCUUUCCUCUGGUGGCGAUUAUUAUGGAACUCACAAGUGGCACUGGUACUUCACUCAGGGAUUUUCUGUCAUGGUAUUUUCUUUUUUACCAUUUUCUAUAGCUGGCAUCAUGCAGUCGAAACAAUGGAAGCUUUCUGGCCUUAUUGCAUGGGUUCUGGUUCUUUAUAGUGUACUAGGCCACAAAGAAUUCAGGUUUGUUUUGCCUGUGCUUCCUAUAGCUUUGAUAUUCUCUGGAUACUCUUUAACUGCAUUAAAAACAUCAGUUUCUGGAAAUGGUCAAAGGAACAAAUCGGCAGAUUACCAUAAUAAAUUCUCUGCAAAAAUGCUGUUGGCCAUCUUUUUCUUGCUCGCUACCAAUAUUCCAAUGGCCUUGUAUAUGAGUUUGGUUCAUCAGAGAGGAACUGAAGAUGUUACUUACUAUCUGUCCAAUGAAGUGGUCGAGGGAAAAGUAACAGACAUACUUUUUCUAAUGCCUUGCCACGCCACACCUUACUACUCUACUGUGCACCGAAACCUCCCAAUGCGAUUUCUAGACUGCACACCGAGUGAAGAGAAAGGAAUCCCAGACGAAUCAGAUCAAUUCAUGAUGGAUCCUGUAGGGUUUGCAUCAGAAUUUGCAAAAAAUUGGUCUUUACCGAGUCAUAUUGUAUUAUUUGAUUCGGAAGAAAAGAAGUUACGGGAUUUUCUAGUCUCCCAUUCUUUCAAAGAGAUACAAAGAUUUUUCCAUGCUCACUUCAAAGUGGAUCGUGAUCUUCAAGCAUCAGUCGUUGUAUAUGCUUUGACAGGCUCCUGAUUAUUGUUUAUGCACUGAUAUAAUUGGCAAAGAAGUUAUUGGCUUCAGUUGUUCCUCAACUAGCGAAAUCCCCAUAGCUUGGACUAAUUGGUGACGUGCUUGCCUCAGUGGAGAUCAACUUCAGAUCUUCUUUAGUAUGUAAUAAGUAUUUCCUACCUCAAACUUUUAUUAAUUAAUUUAUUAUUGUCUUUCCUUCCA